AUGAAUUCAGAUCCUCGCCUAGCUGGCAACGCCAGUUCAAGAUCAGUCACUCCAAACCCUCCUCCGCCUCCUCCGCCUCCACCUCUACCAGAAGAGCUUCAGUCGAUCCCAUCAGCACCAUCCCAAGCGCCUGAUGGCACCGUAGAAAAACCAUCCUCUACCCCUCCACAUCCCACUUCUACAUCCUACAAGCUCAAAUUCUGCACAGUAUGCGCGGCAAACCAAAACCGCUCUAUGGAAGCUCACAACCGCCUCGCCGCUCCCCCUUCGUCAUAUCCAGUUAUCUCAUUCGGCACGGGGUCAUUGGUCCGCCUCCCUGGUCCGACGAUCACCCAACCAAACGUGUAUAACUUCAAUACUGUAUCAUAUUCUCAAAUCUACGAUGAACUGCAAUCCAAAGACCCGCGGUUAUAUAGGAACAAUGGCGUCUUACCCAUGCUUGAUCGAAACAGGAGUGUUAAAUGGGGACCGGAGCGCUUCCAAGAGUGGCUCCCUGGAAUGCCACGCUUGGAUCAUGUAUCACGGGGUGAUAAAGGCAGCCUUGGGACAGAAGGUGGUAUUGUUGAUGUGAUUAUCACAUGUGAAGAGAAAUGCUGGGACGCCGUGGUGGAUGAUUUGAUGAAUCGCGGCGCGCCGCUAAAUCGGCCGGUUCAUGUCUUCAAUGUCGAUAUUAGAGACAACCACGAAGAAGCAUUGAUUGGAAGCAAGGCGAUCCUUGACCUCGCCGACCGAUUAAAUGAAUCUGCCGACCAGGAACGAAAGAUAAACGGGAUUGAUGGCUGGGAUCAGGGAGGUGGUGCAGCUCGAAAGGGAUUUGACGAGAAAGUGCCUGAGAUCCUUGCCAAGUGGCAGGAGAAAUGGCCUAAUCUCCCUGCUUUAUGGACUCUCUCGUGGUUUUGA